CGCAGGCGGCGGCCGAGGGGAGGGCGGCAGGCGUCACCUGGGACCCAGAAGCAGAUGAUCCUCUUCCUAAUGUCAAAAGGUCAGUAGUAGCUUAAUGCUACAUUACGGCGCCGAGGUCAUUCACCUCGCUUCAUCUCAUCAUGUAGGCAUUUUCUCAUCUCACGUCAUCACAAGAAGAAGGGAGAGAAAAUGACUGCUGGCUCAGUGUGUGUCCCUCAGAUCAUACCAUUGCGAGUGCCUCUGCCUGGAAAAGCCAACCAUGAAAUUGAUAACAACACACUUUUGGAAAUGAAAUCCGACACCCCAGAUGUCAAGAUAUAUUAUACCCUGGAUGGCAGCAAACCUGAAUUUCUAAAGAAGAUUGGUUAUGGUGAAAAUAAUACAUUUAAGUAUACGAAGCCUAUUACUCUGCCUGAUGGAAAAAUACAAAUUAAAGCUGUCGCAGUCUCUAAGGACUGCAGACAGAGUGGCAUUGUAACGAAGGUGUUUCAGGUGGGCUGCGAACCACCAAAUACAGUCUCUUCAGACAACCAUGUUGAAAAUGGUCUCAAAGAUUCUUCAAAGCAGGAAUUAAAAAAUGGAUUUGUUGGAUCAAAACUAUGGAAGAAAUGUAAGAAUGCUGAAAAUAAACAGGAUUGGAAUGUUAACCUUAGAAAGUCUGCAGACUUUGAGGUAGGUGAAAGAACUGACUCUAAAACGUGGAAAGAUCUUCGCUUCUCAGAGAGUCCACUGGAAAUCCCACCUUACCAUGAAGAAUCAGGUUCUAGACCACCCACCUGGCAGUCUCAGUUCCCUAGUUUUGCACACAUAACUGGCCAGAAGAGUUUGACAAGCACAGAGAUCAUGAGAAUUCAAAGAAAGACAGACUUUCUCAAGUGUGCGCAGUGCCUGGCCCCUCGUCCAUCUGACCCCUUUGCUCGCUUCUGUCAAGAAUGUGGCUCUCCUGUCCCACCCAUAUUUGGCUGUCGUCUCCCACCCCCAGAAGGAGCUCAGAUGGGCUUAUGUGCAGAGUGUGGAAGCAUGGUGCCCACGAACACUCCCAUCUGUGUGGUGUGUGAGGCCUCCCUUACCUUGCAGCUGCAGCCACAGGCCAGCUUCCACUUGAAGGAGAAAGUAGUCUGCCACACCUGUGGCACAGGGAAUCCAGCUCACUUGAAAUACUGUGUCACCUGUGAGGGGGCCCUGCCUUCAUCACAGCAGAAAGCGGAGACCAUUUCCUGCUCCAAGUAUGGUCAUAGGAACCGCCGGGAGACUUACUUCUGUGACUCGUGUGAAGCCACGCUGGGCAUUUCUGCUUGCUAUUCUGUUUGCCCUAAAUGUGGGGCCAGCAAUCACCCAUCUGCCCGAUUCUGUGGUUCCUGUGGUAUUUAUGUAAAGUCCUUGGGAAGACUUAGCCUGGACAAUAGCCUGGAUCUAGCUGCUGGAGAACUUGGCCCUUUUGCUGAGCCCCAAUCUGCCUGGCAGUCCCCAAGGGUUCCUUUAUCCAGACCUAAUCCUGGGACUUGGAAGAACGUGAGCACACAGACUACUGGACUGUUCUACCCAUCUGGCACUCUGCUAGCCAAAAAGGAACUGGAAAUGGCUUCUCAGAAGCAGAGGCAGGAGAAAAUGAGUGACCAUAAACCUCUCCUCACAGCCGUCAGCCCAGGAAGAGGAUACUGGAGAAAACAGUUGGAUCAUAUCUCUGCCCACCUCAGGUCUUAUGCUCAGAACAACCCUGAAUUCCGGGCCUUGAUUGCAGAACCCAGAAUGGGAAAGCUUAUCUCUGCUACUGUCCACGAAGAUGGCUAUGAAGUUAGCAUCCGGCUGAAUUAUAUUCAAGUAUCAAACAAGAACCUUUACCUCAGCAAGCCGGUGGAUUUCAGCAACCACUUUCUGAGCGGUGUCACCGAGGAUGGUGAUGGGCCAUUUGGCAGCAGGUCCAGCUUGGUAAGUGACUACAGCCAGAGCACCUCAGAUACCACUGAAAAAGUCAAGAGGACAAAGAAUUUCAAGACCAAAAAAUUUCAAGAAAAGGAGCAGCUCACACCCAAAAACAGGCUCCUGCUGAAGGAAGUCGGACCCACAGGGGAAGGGAGAGUCUCUGUGAUUGAACAGCUGCUGGAUGAGGGAGCAGAUCCCAACUGCAGGGAUGGCGAAGAGCGACCCGUUAUAAUCGUGGCUGUCGUGAAUAAGCACCAUGAAGUGAUUCCGGUUCUCGUGCAGAGAGGAGCAGACACCGAGCAGCAGUGGGGCCUGCUCCAGAAUACAGCUCUUCAUGAAGCAGCUCUGCUUGGCCUAGCAGGAAGAGAGUGCGUCACUGCUUUACUGAGAUGCAAUGCAAGCGUCCAAAAGAAGAACACGAAUGGCCAGACGGCGUAUGACCUGGCUUUGAAAAUGGGAGAUGAUGUCAUCACCUCGCUCUUUGCUGCUAAGCUCGGCCUGGACGAUUCUUAGACCCAGGGGCCUGCACAGGACCUAAUUGCAAGAAACCACCCAGUUCUGGCUGUUCUUUCUUUCUUUCUGAGAUGUGUAUUUGCAGUUUGAGAAUUAAGGUUGAGAGGAACUCAUAUAAGAUUUUUUUUUUCAAUAUGACACUGUAUGCCACCAUGUAUGCAUUUCCCAGUAUACUGUGGAUAGUAACGAACUUAAUGUUUAUUUGUUUUUUUAAGGGUUUGUUGCUGCUUAUUUUAGAAUUUUCUUUUAUUUUUCAGGGGGUGCCUGGGUGGCACAGUCAGUUAAGCUGCUGACUCUUGGUUUGGGGUCAGGUUGUGAUCUUAGGAUCCAGAGAUUGAGCCCUGUGUCAAGCUCCACACUCAGUGUAGAGUCUACUUAAAAUAUUCUCCCUCUCCUCUGCCUCUCUCCCUGCACUCGUCCAAGCGUGUGCACUCUCUCUCUCUCAAAUAAAUAAGUAAAUCUUUAAAAAAAAUUUAAAAAUAAAUUUAUUUUUCAGUAGACAAUAAUUGCACAUGGCUCAAAGCUAAAAAGUAUGAAAUGUUAUGUAGUAAAAACUCUGCCAUCCUUGUCCCACAGCCACCCACAUCCCCUCCUCAGAGGCACCAACGAUACCAGUGUCAUCUGUGUCUUUCCAGAAAUAGUAUAGGAUUAUAUAAGCCCAUGUAUAUAAUAUAUGCAUCUGUACAUAUAGGGUAUACAUAAAAUACAAACAUAGAUAACGGAUAUAUUCUUUGCCCUCUUUAAGACAAGUACUAGCAAACCACACACUUAUCCGAUGUUUUGCAUCUUGUUCUUUUCCUUAAUGUAUCUCGUAGGUGGUUCCAAAUUAGUACCUAAAGAUUAAGUUUAUUUUAAAAAUGUUGUCUCUGAUGUUGAGUUCAUCAAUAUUCCUACUGUUGUGGUUUGUUCUUUGGUUGACAAACAAGCUUUGAUUUCGCCAUCUGCAGGAAUGUGUAAUUCUGACUUCUUUUUUCAGAGUGUUAUUUCAGUCCUCGGGUGAUAAUGUUGUGAUCGUGGAGUCCCUAAAUAGAUUCUGUUAAAGUAUGUUGAUAGAAUAUUUAUUAAUUUAGAAUGAUGAAUUCAGCACAAUAAAUAACAGGCUUCAUUGAG